CAACUUCAACUACCAUUCAAUUCCCACCCAAAUUAACUCCCAAGUCCUUAAAAUUUGGCUAACUCCAACAUCUUUAAAACUCUCCAUCUUCAACAAUCAAAAUACAUGUACUGAGACACCAUGGACUGGUUUUCAUGGCUCUCCAAAACUAGCCUUGACCCUUCUCUUCUUUAUGACUAUGCUAUUAUUUUUGCUCAUAAUCAACUUGAUCAAGAUGAUAUAGAAUAUUUCAACCAUGAAUUUCUCCAAAGUAUGGGAAUUUCAAUAGCCAAACAUAGGCUAGAAAUCCUCAAGCUUGCUACUAAGGAAAAGGGCAGAAGAAGCUCAAGAAAACACAUCUUUUGGUUAGUUGUAGCUAUCAGGCAAGCAAAACAACAUUUUACCAAAAGCUUUAGCACGUGGACUCGUCGGUCAGAUUCAAGUGCCUUGCUGCCUCUGAGAAAUUGCAGUUCAAGAUGGAAAGCAUCUAUGUUGAAGAGGAAAAAGAAACUAACUGCAGCUAAACAAGAAAGGCCAGUAAUGCAGAGUAUUAAUGCUACUACUAAUCAAGGAAGGUUGAUGAUGCUCACAAAUGGGAGUCCCAAUCUCAUGAUAGAUUCUUCUGAUGCCUGGAUUAGCAGCCCUUCAAGCUCCACUGCUGAGGAUUUUCGCGAUGAUGAAGACAUGGACGGCGUUGAUGGUGGAAACUGGCCAACUGUUGCUAUUGAAGAGAUUAAGUGGGAUGCAAUGUUUCAAGACUUGAAACCUACCUGAGUUGAUUGAACUCUCUCUAAUAUACCUUAGUUAAUUUAUCCUCAUGCUUUUUCUUCCUCUAGAUACCUUGAACUUUCAAGUGUUUUUGGGAAUUAUUGCAUUAUAAUUUUCUGAAUUCUUUGUCUAUGAGCAACACAAUGCAGAGUUUUAACUUU